AACCCACUCCGACCCGACCCAGAGCAGGCGCAACACAACACAACACACUCCUCCGGCACCGAGCCCUCCGCCCCGGCCCCGACCCGAAACCCCAGCCGAACGGCGGCGGCCGGCCGGCGGAGAUGUCGCUGACGGAGGUCAGGCUCGGCGAGGAGGUGUGGCUCACAUGCCUCUCCCACGCCCUCACCACCGAGACCGAGGAGGUCAUGGGCCUCCUCCUCGGCGACGUCGAGUCCUCCAGCAGGGGCGGCUCCACCGCGGUGAUAUGGGGCGCGUUGCCGCAGAUGAGGUGCGAGCGGAAGAAGGACCGCGUCGAGGUCAACCCCGCGCUGCUCGCCGACGCGUCCAAGGAGGCCGAGAAAAUGACGGCCACUAUUGGGAAGACGACCCGGGUGAUCGGCUGGUACCACUCGCACCCGCAUAUCACUGUCCUGCCUUCCCAUGUAGAUGUGCGAACCCAGGCUAUGUUUCAGUUGCUAGAUCCAGGUUUUGUUGGAUUGAUAUUUUCCUGUUUUAGUGAAGAUGCUCAAAAGGUUGGGAAAAUCCAAGUGAUUGCCUUCCAGUCUCUUGAUGGAACACAUAACACACAACGUGCUAUUGUUCCUGUUAUUACCAAUCCAGUCAUUGACCUUGAAUCAUCUUGGAGUUCAUCAGAUAACUCAUUAGCAUUAAUUGAGGGCAUUGAACAUGACACUGGGGAUUCUAGAGCUUCAAACGGAAGCAAGGUCUGGGGAAGAUCUCAGGAUGUGGAUCUGUAUCCUUUGGACACAAAUCCUUCGGCAAGACAUCUACCAAUAGACAGCGCUAUUGUUCCUUAUGAACCGGAUAACAGUGCUGGACCCUCUGUUGAUCAAGAUGGUUCAGAUCUGUCCCCAAGCAUACAGGAGGCUUUGCACCGCUCAACUAUGGACAUAAGUGGUGCAGAGUAUAGAAGGAAGGAGGUGCCACUUAAAGUAUUCCCUACAAGGCAUCUGCUAAAGCUGGACACUACGUUGAGUUCUUACUGUGGCAUGCAACAUGUCCUUUUUAAAGAGGAACAAUCAGCAUAUAACCAAGCCAUGCUUCAGAACAUUUGUGAUGGGAAGAUGCACCCACUUACAUCUAUGCACCAUACCUCCACAUACAAUGCUUCUCUAUGCAAACUGAUGGAAUACUGCUUGAGCCCUGCUAUAGGUGUGCUUCAGGACCGUGUGAAAGAAAAUGAACUUCGGUUGGCUAUGCUAUUGGAGGAGGCUAAACAACUGGAGGCCGAGAAGCAGGGCACGAAAACCGUUUCUCCUCGCCGUGCGAUGCCCGGAGGGACUACUAGUGGCAUCAUUUCGCCAAGGGGCCAGGACAAGUACGCUUCCGGCAGACAAGGGGGGCCUGUAAGCCCUAGCAGCAGCAGCCGGAGGAAGGCUCCUUGAUUGUCAUGAUGGACAGUCCGGUUCUGGGCCUUUCCUGAUGCUUUCUGGAACCCAAACCUGUCCCUUGGCGUGAGGCAUGAAGCUGCAAUGCAAAUGUAUAUACCCAUCUCGUUUCAGCGCCUGGCCUGUCUUUCUGUGGAAGCAACCAACCAACAGUGGUUCCCUUUUGCUUUGUGUUGUCGCCCCAAAUCCUUUUGCCUGGUUGCGCUGAGCUUGUAAUGUGUAGCAGUACUCAAGUGUCAUUGGCGCGACGUGUGUCGGGCAGGCAAGCACAGACAUUAUGUUUGCUUUCCGGUUGGAAAAGAACUCUUUGUACCA